AUGGUCUUUGGUCGCUCUCCUGCCCCGGGAGGUCUUUUUGGUGGCCUUGACUCCAACUCGAACAACAACUCGGGUGGUCUCUUUGGCAAUUCUAACAGCGGCAGCAGCAACAACACCGGAAACACCAGCAACCCGUUCGGCAACGGCCCGGCCACUGGCGGUCUCUUUGGCUCGAUCAACAACAACGGCCAUCGCAACGGUACCACAGGUGGGCUCUUUGGACAGAGCACCGGACACAACUUGUUCGGCGGCCAGGUCAACAACAUGGCCGGUCACGUCUGUGGACUUUACUACCUCGAUCCGACGUCACCCUAUCACUAUGGGUAUCGACGGAACUAUCUGCCUACCGUCUCUCAAUCAGUUCACGCCCGCGUGAUCGCAUCGACUGCAAGGACGACCCUCACCCAGACUUUCGUCAACCCAUCCAAGACCGAAGUCAUCCCCGAGCUCCGCUACACCUUUCCCUUGUACGAUGGCGUCUCGGUGGUAGGCUUCACUUGCACCAUCAACAACACCCGCGUCGUCCGCGGCGUUGUCCAGGAGAAGAACACCGCCCGCAAAACAUACGACGCGGCCGUCGCCAAGGGAGAGACUGCUGGCCUCUUCGAGCAGUUGCCUGAAGCCAGCGAUGUGUUCACCACCACUAUCGGAAACGCCCCCGCCGGCGCCGAGCUCAAAGUCGAGAUUGCCUACCUCGGCGAGCUCAAGCACGAUGCCGAGGUCGACGGCAUCAGACUUACCAUCCCAACGAGCAUCGCCCCCCGCUACGGCUCCUACCCCGGCACUCUGAUGGAGAAGGCUCCCAACGUUUCCUCCAAGGAUGGCAUCGAGAUCGUCGUCGACGCGGAGAUGCCAGAUGGCAGCGCCAUCAAAUCCAUCCAGUCCCCUUCUCACCCUAUUGCAGUCUCCGUUGGCUCAACCUCGACCAUGAGUGCCGACGCCACCCCAUCCUUCCAGCUAGCCUCAGCUACGCUCUCUCUCGGGACCGCAGAGCUCGAGAGAGACUUCAUCGUCCAGAUCAUCGCAACCAACACAUCCAACCCCAUCGCCGUCCUCGAGACGCAUCCCACAAUCCCCCACCAGCAGGCCAUCAUGGCCACUCUGGUGCCCAAGUUCAAGCUCGCCACCACGAAGCCCGAGGUCGUCUUCGUCUGCGACCGCUCAGGCUCCAUGCAGGGCAAGAUCGCCGACCUGAAGAACGCGCUUCAGAUCUACAUGAAGUCCCUCCCUGUCGGCUGCAUGUUCAACAUCUGCAGCUUCGGCAGCCGCCACACGUUCCUCUUCCCCAAGUCCCAGACGUACGACCAGAAUACUCUGAAUACUGCCAUGAAGCACAUCGACAAGUUCGGUUCCGACUACGGCGGCACGGAGCUCUAUGCGCCCAUCGAGGAGACCUUCAAGCGCCGGCACAAGGACCUGGACCUUGAGGUGUUUGUUCUGACGGAUGGUGAGGUUUGGAACCACGAGAACCUGUUUGGCAUGGUCAACAAGCAUGUGGAGGACUCCAAGGGCAGUGUUCGGCUGUUCACUCUGGGCAUCGGCCGCGGCGUCAGCCAUGCCUUGGUCGAGGGCCUCGCUCGUGCAGGCCAGGGCUUUUCGCAGACGGUUUCCGAGAAGGAGAAGAUGUCGGGCAAGGUCGUCCGGAUGCUCAAGGGAGCUCUCACCCCACACGUGAAGGACUACUCCCUUGAGGUCAAGUACGCCGACGCAGAUUCGGAAACCGAGCCCGAGGACGACUUUGAAAUCAUCAAUCACGCAUCUCCCACGGCUGAACCCUCGAAUGAGAAGCCUGCGCCGGAGGCCCAGAAGCCCAUCUCCCUCUUUGACCCGGAUUCCGAAGACGUCGACAUGGAAAACACCAACCAGCAAGACGAUGGAACUGGCACCGAGCGCUUCUCCCAUGUGCCCACCGUCAAGCCACCCAAGAUCCUCCAGGCGCCCUUCCGUAUCCCGCCCCUGUACCCUUACAGCCGGACCAGCGUCUACCUCCUGUUAUCGCCAGACCGGGCACUCAGGAACAGAACUCCCUCGUCUGUGGUCCUUCGCGGAACUUCAUCUCAAGGUCCUCUGGAACUCGAGAUCCCCAUCACGGCCCUCUCCGAGAAGGCCGAGACGAUCCACCAACUCGCAGCCCGCAAAGCCGUCAAGGAGCUUGAAGAGGGCCGCGGCUGGAUCUUCCACGCCAAAGGCAAGGACGGGAAGGAGCUGCAGAAGAGCCAUCCCGGCCGUUUCCCGGCCAUGGUCGAGCGCGAGGCGGUCCGUCUCGGUGUGGGAUUUCAAGUCGGAGGCAAGUGGUGCUCCUUCGUCGCGGUCGAGGCCAACGACGACGAUAGAGAUGCGGUCGAAUCACCUGUUGAGGAGGUCCCCGCACCUAGAAGAGACCCAGAUUGGCAGGGUAUUCCUGACAUGGCUGAAGACCGCCGCUGCAGAAACACAGCACACUCGGCAAGGAAGAGCAUCAUGCAGAGGCAGGCGAUGGGCCUCGCACAGCAACAGGCACAACAACAGCAACAGCAGCAACAGCAGAUCCAACCGCAGCAACAACAGCUACAACUACAAAACCAUCAGCAAGGACUCAUGAAGCUCCGUCAAGACAGGUCCAAACGCAUUCAGCCAGUCGGCAUGGCGCAAGGUACGCCCGCUCCCCAAUUCGUAGGCGGCAGCCUGUUCGGCGCGCCCUCUUCCCCCCACCCUGCACCCAUCGCGACCGCUUUUGGUAGUGGUGUGAAUUAUGGUGUCGUCACUUCCCCUAGCAAUUUUGAAGCCACCUCGCCUGUCACAUCACCAGUUGGGUCACAGUUUGGAUGCAGGUCGCCUUCCUUUGGAGGAGAUUCUCCCGUAUAUGGAGGCAACUCCCCAAGCUACUCUCCUGUCUCGCCACCUGCACCGGCUGCGACUACAUCUGUGUUCAGCAGCCAGCCGACAGCUGGUGGUUUGUUCGGCGUUCCAAUAUCCACUCCACCAGGCGCGAGCUCUUCUGCAUUUGGAAGCAAGCCCAUGACUGGUGGUCUGUUUGGUAGCUCAUCCUCUUGCUUCUCAGGUGCUCCACGGGCGUUCGCAAGCAACGCCCUCGCCCGUCCAGCCGUGCAAUCCGCGGCCCCCCCUACAGGCGGCGGCUUUUUCGGCACCUCGACGUCAACCGGCGGUCUCUUCGGCGCUCCAGCCCCGGCGCCUGUUCAAGCAGCCGCACUCGCUCCGCCUACCAAACAAGUUGACCCAUCCAUGCUGGCCCAAUACCAAAGGGAGAUGAGCGACGCCGCGACCAUGCCACUUCCCGACGAGGACCUCAUCGACUACUCAGACGAAGACGUCGAUCCCAAGCCUGCCGCCCCAGUUCACAAGAAGAAGCGAAGGAGCGCUGGAAACAACAUGUUCAGCGUUGAGGCCGAGGUAGACGAGGACGAUGACGCACAGGUCGAUGAGGAUGGUGCCGACAAGUUCUCCGCGCUCGUCGAGAUGCAGGACUUUAGCGGCUUUUGGGCCUGGUCUGCUCAGCUGCUGAAGGCGCUGGAUGUCACGGAACAGCACGUCAACGAUGCGCUGGCGAGUUUUCAGGCGAGCCAGAACGUGGUGGCUACCUCGGUGGUGGUCGCGUUCUUGCGCAAGAAGCUGGCGCAUGAGAGUGAGAGCUGGGAGAUGAUGGAGGAGAAGGCUGUCGCGUGGCUUGAGAAGGAGAUUGAGGAUGAUGAAGUUGGGAAGGUGUUGACUGCGGCUGAGGCCCUGUUUUGA